AUGCCACCCAAGCAAGUCCGAACGUCGAACGCGGUAGAUGAUACGGCUGCGGAGAAACGAGGAAAUGAUCCUGAACGCGGAUGGAGAGGCAAGCCACACACUCCCGCGAAGCGCGCUGUCGCGCAGGCUUCUACUACGAAAGCGGCCUCAGAUCGUAGUGGGGCGCGCAGGACACCAAAGGGUCAGUUACGAGUGAACGAAAGCAAACGCGAACCUUCGGACGUCGAUUGGGGCGAGCCUGGCGCGGACAAGGCUGCUUGGGAUAUCGGGACAUCUGCACACUGGCAGGCCUCGGGUGGCUCCGACCACAAGCCACAGCGAGACUACUGGGAUACACCUAUGCCAGGAUAUUCCGACGUUCAAUGGGGGGUGGCUGCAGACGCUGGGGCCUGGGGCAACGCUUCGCUCGACGAUGCGCCACUGACCAUUGAGGAGUUCAAAGCCAGGGAAAGCCAGAUACGUGCUGACCAGGUACAUGAUAUGGUCCCGUUCUGGAUUCGGGGGAUCGAGGCUGCGAACGAGGGCUACGUGCUUCGGCUGGAGGAGUUUUUGGAAUCGCUGGACGAUAGGGAUAGCUGGAGUGGGGGCGAUGGUAGUGGUUGGGGGGACGCUUCUAGGGGAUGGGGUGGUGAGGCUGAUGCGAAACGAUGGAAUAUCGAGACCGAGAGUAACAAACUGGAUCGCGCUAAUUCUGCCCAUACCGAAGACGAUGCUAGCCUGACGCAAGCCCGACGAAGGACAGAACCCAGCAAUGCUGGAAAUAUGGUAUUUGACCCUUUUGUAGAGGACGUGGCUCUGCAAGAGGCGGUCGACUCCGACCGCAAAAAGCGAAUGCAAGAAUUCUUGCAGCUCAACACCGACGACAAGUUACGAGCCAUUCAGGCCUUGAUUCAAGAUUUGAAGACGUGA